CCAGAACGCCAUCUACUUCGUACAGCCAUCUCAAUUGCUUGUGUAUAUCAUCUAUCUACAUGCCCACAUCCGCAUUUCGACGGCCAUAUAUCUGCACUCGCUGUCUGCGAGCUAAUCACCCGAGCGUAGCGGCUCGGGCUUCGAUUCGAUUUCGCCGCAUUGCUCCCAUUCAUGUACGACCAUAUGCCGAGUCAGCGCCACAGCGGAAGGAGGACGCUGGUGGACAACGAGCGGCCGACAAUGAGGAGAACAAUAAGAACAAAGGAGAGGAAAACCAGUCAGCGGCCGAAGAGGAAGAUGAAGGAGCGAUGACGCGCCGCCUCCGCGAUAUGAGCGAAGGAGCUUUAGAGUCCGGUGGCCGCAGCGCCCAGAAGACCGUCGCAGAAGCCGGAUUCAGCGAGGACCUCAAGCGCCAGCUAGAGGAGCGCAUAGCCGCCGCAACCUUCCGCGCCGAACACCGCUCUGCCUUCGCAGAAGCAGAGCUCCCCUCGACCGCAAGCCGCCACUCCCGCGACAUCGCGGCAGCAGAGCCCUGGGAAGGGACUGAAUCUAUACAUGACGCGAGCUUACGGAUGCUCCAUGAUGCACAUAAGCCUCUGAGAACGGGGAGAGGCGCGAAGAUACCAGGCCCGAGCGCGCCGAUUCCCCGCUCAAUCGAUACGGGACGGAAGAGCAAGGCGGCUGCGGGGACAAGGCUGGCGAAUGCUCGAGAUAGGAGCGGCAUGUAUUCGAGCCUAAAGCAGUCGGACAUUGACGAGCAAGAGCGUCAGAAGCGCUUCCAAGAGCUGAAGGACCGCUUCUCUCCACACGCUCGUGCCGUUGUCCCAGGGACAAUACAAGGCCUCGCCUCUCUUGCAAAUGAACGCAUCGAGGACGCCAUUGCGCGUGGUCAGUUCAAGAACCUACCGAACCGCGGGAAGAAGGUGGAGCGCGACUACAACGCCUCGAACCCGUUCCUUGAUACUACCGAGUAUUUCCUGAACAAGAUGAUCCAGAAGCAGGAAAUUGUGCCACCGUGGAUUGAGAAGCAGCAGGAGCUCGUAGUGGCGGCGAACAAAUUUAGAAGCAGGUUAAGAGCUGAUUGGAAGAGGCAUGCGGCGCGCAUGAUUGCGAGCAAAGGCGGCACACUACAGGAGCAGAUGAGGCGAGCAGAGGCCUACGCCAAAGCUGAGCUACUCGCGAAUCCUCAGAAGAAGAAAGAAGAGAUUCUCAGCACUGUUGAUAACGACGGGCAUAUAUCUCAAAUCUCGUUAUCCGGGGAGCUCAAAGUCCCGUCUUCCAGCUCGCCAGGUGCACCAGUUGCAGAGGAGAUAGUCGCCGAAAGGACGACCCUCGACUCAGAUGGCAACGCCUCGUCACUAUCGCACCCAGAAGAGCAGUCGACGCAAAGUAUCAAAGUUCCCCUCCACACCACUCCUACCUCUGUUCCGCCAGCCCCCUACCCCUUCCGCGAUCCCCAAUGGGAGACGAUCGAAUCCGCCUACCACAAGGCCGCCAUCAACGACCUCAACUCCAAAACACGCUCCUACAAUCUCCAAGCGCCCGAUCUCGCCAAGAAACCCUACUUCUCCCUGCAGCGCGAGCUCAACGCUUGCUAUGCAGAUGUAGCGCCCCAGCUCGCAGACGUUAUCAAAGACAGAGCGACGAAACCGGUGCGGAAGGUCGAAGGCUUUGGGCAGGCUUUGGCGGGCGGAGGGGGCGUUAUGGACAGGCUAGUCGGCGAGAAGGUGCGAGUAAGGGAUGAGAGGGUAGAGAGGCAGUACGGGUUCAAGCAGUUCUGGAAGGAUCUUUGGAUGCCGAAGACCGGCGUGUAGAUGGAGCGUAAGCACUGCUAGGAAGGAAAGUCUAACUACACCAUAUGACGUGCGCUUCGAGCAUCACAGUCUGGGUUGCAAUAGAACGGGCAGGUCCUUACCUGGAGGUAGGCAGUGCUACACAAUUCAGCGAUAGCUAGGGGGCCCCCUCCCUCACUGCCCAAGGGGAAGAAGGAAGUGACAGCCCCCCAGCCAAACUCCUCUCACUCCACUCCAAUGAGCCAUUCCGAUUCCCCACACACCUACCUCCGGUCCCCAUUAUCGGGUUCGCCCGACGCCGCAGCCCUUCGUUCAAGACAGGCGCGGAAGAAGCCCGGCUGCCCUGCCCGACCAAAUCAAAUCAAAUUAAAUCAGC